AGGUAGUUUUAUUAAUGGAAACUGAUUUGAAAUGAAGAGGCAUCAGUUCAUGGCCUUUUUUUUUUUUUUUUCAGUCUUACCCCAAAGGAAGUGAGUAUGAGGUAGCUUGUAUAAACUCACAGUGCCGUGCAGAGAUGAAACUUGAACCAGGAAGAAGCAUGCCACCAGUGUGCUGGCUGGGCACACAUGGUGUCAUGUGAAGAGACAUGGCAAAAACUAUCCUCCUGAAAUUUCUUUUGGCAGUUGUGAUCACAUUCAUUUUAAUUUUGCCAGAAUAUUUCAAAGCACCAAAUGGAAACACAUUGGAGUUAUCGUGUCUGGAAGUGUGUUUACAGUCUAAUUUCACCUCUUCACUCCCCUUAAAUAUUUCUUUUGUGGCUUUUCUGCCAUCAGCAAGGGAAACUCAGACGGUUCUGAGACUCUUUCUAAAUCACUCCAACUUUCAGAACUUCACCAGGAUUUGCCAAGACAUCAGCAGAGAAUUUAAAAUGUGCUCCUCUUGCUUAGUUUGUGAAUCCCAAGGAAACACAGAUUUUAUUUCUAAGGAGAAAACAUCAAAAGUUCUGGUCAUGAAAGGAUUAAUGGAAGAGAAGGCAAAUGAUUUUUAUUCACCUUGUCAACAUUUUAAUUUCACAGUACCUCCUCUAGUUGACAGCUUAGAGGAAUAUAACUUUAGCUGUAAUGCAAAAAAUCACACUAGGCCAGAAAUUAUGGAGGAAGAUUCAAGCAAAGAAAAGUCAACAAACACCUGUAGAAUUACUGAACACCUGAAUAAUUGUGUACACAUCUCUUUGUACCUAGAAAUGAGUGUAAGAACUAUCACUUGUUCUAUGAAGAUCACUUGGUAUGUUUUAGUUCUAUUAGUUUUUGUAGCUUUGCUCAUCCUCAUUGUCCACAAAGUACUUGAAGACCUCAGAAGAACACAGAAGUGGCAGAGUCAUAAAUACAAGUCUACAUCUGUCUUCUUAAGAGAAAGUGAUUCUGAGAAACUUAGAACAUUGAAUGUGCGGGUUAUUUCAGACACUGCCCGGAGACUGCCCUUAAUCCAAGUUAAGGGAGUACUCCCUCAGAUCCCAGAACUGGAAGUUACUUCUGUGGAGCUUUAGCAAGGUCAGCAUACCUGAAGUCUCUGAAAUUGCCUCAGUAGCCAUUAUGUUUGCCGGAGCUGUGCUGGUUUACUCAGAAGAUUAAAGACUAUUUGGCUGAGAAAGUUGGAGUCCUUUUUCAAUGAGAUGAAAAUGCCAAAUUUUGCUGCUUACAUCAUCGAAGUUUGUAUAAACUAUACAUUUGCAAUGGAUUGGGGUUUUCUGAGGAAAGCAUGGAGAGAUUUAUUUAGUUACCAAAAUUAUCUCAGAACUUUAUAGGAAACAUGAUCACAAAGAAAUCCAAAUCAUGCAGAUGGUCUCAGAAUUCAAUUUUCUUGAAAACCGAACUAUGUGUUUUAUUUAUUUGUUUGCUUAUGUAUUUAUUUUGCUUUAUUGUGCAUGAUCCAACUGUUUCUAGGCUGAUUUUUAAAUUGUAUAUAUAUAUAGAGAGUGGGGGAAAGGAGAAAAAUGAAGGGAGAGGCAUUACAGCACUGCUCCUGGCCCAUCAUCUGUGGCAUUUCCCCUGGAUGGCAUGAUGCUCCCAUCUGGUUGGGGCUUGAACCCAGGGCUUUGACCAGGUGAUUCUCCUCUGGGCUUCAAUCUAUAUAUUUUGCACUUUAAAUAUCUGGUAAGGCUUAUUCUCUUACCUUCAUGAUCUAAGCAAUUUCUAUUAUUAUUAUUAUUUUUAUCUUUAUAUAUUUUUGGGGAUAGAAACAGCCAGAAAUCGAGAAGGAAGGGGGAGGGAGAGGGGGAGAGACAGAGAGACACCUGCAGCACUGCUCCACCACUUAUGAAGCUUUCCUCCUGCAGGUGGGGACAGAGGGCUUGAACCUGGGUUCUUUUUUUUUUCUUCAAAACAUUUAUUUAUUUCCUUUUUUUUGCCUUUGUCGUUUUCAUUGUUGUAGGUUAUUAUUGUUAUUGAUGUCAUUGUUGCUGGAUAGAACAGAGAGAAAUGAAGAGAGGAGAGGAAGACAGAGAGGGGGAGAGAAAGAUAGACACCUGCAGACCUGCUUCACCGCCUGUGAAGCGACUCCCCUGCAGGUGGGGAGCCGGGGGCUCAAACCAGGAUCCUUCCACUGGUCCUUGCACUUUGCGCCAUAUAUGCUGAACUCGCUGCGUUACUGCCCGACUCCCUGAACCCGGGUUCUUGCACACUGUAACAUGUGCACUCAACCAAGUGCGCCAUCACCCGGCUGUGAUCUAAGCAAUAUCUUUUGCUUCUUCUUUUGCUUUUUAAAAAUUAUGGUACCUGGGUCAUGCAAAGAUAGAUUUUCAUUAUAAAACAUUGAGAUAUUACAAAUUAACACUGGAGUCCCCUUUGACUAAUGCUACAUUCUGACAUUCUUCCUCAUUCUUUCACAUACCCUUCUACCCCUCACCACAAGCACUGAUAUUAAUAGUUUGUGAUUAUUCUUCCAGGUCUUCUUGUAGGGAGUGUGGCUAUGUGAAUGUAAAGGAUGUGUGCUCAUGUGUGGUAUUUCUUGGGUCUAUGUGUUACUUUAGGGAAACUUACUACAAGUAUACUAUUGUAACAUUUUCUUUUUACUUGGAGACUUAAUAGUACAGAGAUCUACCCCAUUCUGCUAUGAACUGAAUAUUUUAUCCCUUUCUCCCUCCACACAUACCCUCCAAUUCAUAUGGUGAAGCCUAA